GUCGCGGCACACGGCUUCGACCAGACUUCUCGACGGUGUCCACCACACUCUCUACGCGCAUUUAUCCUGGACAUGGCAACCCGCAAGGCUGCGGACCAUACCCUCUACCAUCUCAGCCCGAAGGGCUUCUGGAAGAAAUUCAGGGACGCCGUUGUUGUGAAUCCUGAAAUUUCUAGUGGCCUCCCUAUCGCUAGUGUCAACCGUCAACCGCCUCCUGGGUCAAGGCCGGAGAAGUACUCCACACCUGCCACCAAGGCCUCCGACCCCGCACAGAACCCGUACUGGAAGCGCGAUGUGCGACGGGCGUACCCUCAACUUUCGGUGGUGACUCAGGCAGAGCUAUCUACGCUACUUUUGGAGCAUGCGCAGGCACAACAAUUCAUUGCUGCCCCUGGAGAGAGCCAGAAGAGCGAGACUUCGUCUGUGCCUGCUGAGCAGAAAGGCGGUGUCGACCUCACGGAGGCCAUUGCCACGAUUGCGUCCGCUCGCAAGGCUUAUUCUGAGAGCAAGCUCCCUCCUACCCUUCCUAUUCCAUUCAAGAAAUGGCAGCCGCAGCGCGUAGAAGACGCACCCCAUGAUCCCCACGCGUACUUCCCGAUGCUCCUUGUGAAGUAGACUAUCAGUAGAGCUCGUCAGUUGCAUCCUGAUCUACAAGUCAUGUACGACUGACCGCGAGAAUGUAUGAAGCAUCGGCAUCAGUCUCGCAGCUUGUUCUCGCCAUUUGACAUCAUUGAAUACAACGCAGUUGGUUGGCUCAGAGCCACGUAU